AUGGCGACUGUCGGUCGAAAAGGAGAUGCAGGGGAGUCACGGCACGUUCGUUUAUUUGCCCCAUACAGCCGGUCCAGCGCAGACGCUGCAGCGCGAGAAAGCAAGCCGCAGAGGAAAUCCGCGUUUCGUCAUUGUAAAACGUCACUGGGUUCGAACAAGGAGCCGGCAGGAGGGAAGAGAAGCGCGGAGAGUUUCGCCUCCUGCGGAUGCUUCCACACAUCACAGGCAGAGCUCAAAGGCACAGAGGGAGAGACAGCAAAGGACUCUCUCCACGCCCGCUGCAAGAGGAAAGACAAAUGCUUCAGAAGGAAUCGAACUGGUGAAUGCAGCGUCUUCCAGCAGGACAACAAAGAGGAUUGGCCCACUCUCUCGGCUCCUCGAAUUCUUUCCUUCAUCGCGGAAGGGAUGACCUUCUUGCACGCAGACAAGCAGGCAGGCCUCUCCGCACUGCAGAGGAAAAGAAACUCUGAGCAAAGCGAACGGGAGAUGCUACGCGUUCUCCGUUCUCCAAGUCCUGCAGGAGACGACGGAAGGCGCAGCUCGUUCGUUCGAGAGGCCCCCGCGCAGCUGAGAACAGAGUCGCAGCGGCGUUGUCUGGAGCUAAGCAGCUCUCAGGAAAAAGGAACUCUUCUGUGA